UGACUGUAGAGGAGGUGAUCAACGAGGACGCGCACGGACGCAUUGAGUCCGCAGAUCUUUUCGUUUGAACGCUCUCUUCCGUCAUGCCCAUGCUUGCGAGCUUCAGCAAACAGCUCAGGAGGAACCCAGCUCUGAUCCCCCUCGUCGUCUUCGUCGGUGGAGGAGGGGUCAUGGCAGUGCUGCACUCAGCGCGGGUGGCUCUAAAAAACCCUGAUGUCUCAUGGGAUCGCAAGAACAAUCCUGAGCCGUGGAACAAAAUGGCACCCACUCAGCAGUACAAACUUAUAACAGUUAACAUGGACUACUCCAAACUGGAGAAGAACAGACCGGAUUUCUAAGUGCAGCCUUUUCACACCUGUUCCUUGUUGCUCUCAUUGAUCCACUUUGCUUCUGUUGAGCGGAGACGUAAAUCAUCCCUUUAUGAACUGCUGUAUGAAUAAAGCGAACAGCCACCAGUCUUUUAAUUUAUUUUCAUGACUUUGCUGCAUUAUAAAUUAUUGAAUGUGUAA